AUGACUUGCGUAAUGCAAGUCCAAAUUAAUAAUAUUGAUCAUUAUCUUGCACCACCCAGCGCACUCGACGAUGCAGACAAUUUCUCUGCUGUACCCGUUAUCCGAAUAUUCGGACCAUCUUCUCUCGGCCAAAAGUGUUGUGUCCAUAUCCAUCAAGUUUAUCCUUAUUUCUAUGUCGAAUAUAUUGACUCACUCAAGAGUCCUCGAAAAGUCAAUCGUUACAUCACGAAGCUAACAAAAUCCCUCAAUCUCGCAAUUGCUCUUUCGUUUAAGAAAGACCUUAACGUUGCUCAGAAACAGGCCUACAUCCGUGCCAUAAUAUUGGUCAAAGGAGUGCCCUUCUAUGGCUUUCACUCGUCUUACAAGCCCUUUCUGAAAAUUUACCUCCUUAAUCCUGGGUUGCUGAAUCGGGCCGUCACUAUUCUUCGCUCGGGGCUCGUUCUUUCCACUCGGUUCCGUAUAUUCGAGAGUCACAUAAACUUCCCUCUACAAUUUAUGGUUGACUUUGGUCUCGAAGGAUGUGGGUGGCUUGAACUUGGCGAGGUUUUGAAGCGUGGCGAAGAUGACGGCAGACAAACCUCUCCCAUUGGAAUAUCUUCCCUCUAUCGUGCUACCAAUAUGCCACUCGAAUUUGAUGCCACUGCCUUCCAGAUCUUGAAUCGUCAACGUAUUGUCUCCCGCAACCUGCAUCACAAGCUCCAAAUUCCAGCCCCUCCUCUUCCUCCAGAGCCACUUGUGCUUGGUGUACGCGAACUCUGGGAGGACGAACGUAAGCGCCGUCGUGCGCGCGGUCUGGAUCCUACUCCGGAUAUACCCGUCGACCCAAGCGACUCUGCUCGAACACCCCGCGGUGAAUGGGUAUCAGAACUAAGGUGGUGGGAAGAAAUUAGGCAUCGAAUCGAGAGGGAAAGAAUGCUCGAACCUCUUACAGUGCUUCAGCAUGCUUGGGAAGACUGGGCGUUGACCGUCUUUAGUAGUGUUGAAGCUCUAUGGCGGCAGACCCAUCGAAAUUCUCAACUCGCCGGCUUUGAAUCAAAUGCCGAAUAUGACGAAGUUGAAACUGAGAUGAGUAUGACAGCUGAGCAAAUCACCCGACUUGUCGCAGAUGAGGCGGCACUCGAGAAAGAUUUAGAACGCGGGGACUCACCAGAACCAGACCUAGAAGAGGGGGAAGAAGCCGAAUUCGAUGAAGAGGAGGUUGCAGACGCUGAAGAAGCUUCAUCUCCAGCAAGUUCUACAGACCCUUUCAACGAAGAUGAAGACGAGCUAAACCAAAAUCGAUCGGGUGCCUUUUCCGAAGGAGGGUUGGUGCUAUCUAGUCCUCCCAAUUUGGAUGAAUACAUAGACUUUGAUGAACCUACUACACCGACUCGUUCACGGGCUCCGGAUAGACAGAUUAUCGGAACAUCUCCCGCGUCAGCAGCCAGUGACUACAAUUCUGAAUACUCACCGCUUCAUCCUCCUUCCAAACGACGCCGCCUCGAUGUCGACCUCAUCGGGGGCUCCGUAGCUUAUUUGGUGUCACACAACGCCAUGACGAUAAAAACCAAACCAAAGCCGAUCGGUAAAAACUGUUUUGAAUACUCGCCCGCACCGCCCACAACUCAAAGGCUGCUUACGACUCUCGAUACGUACCAGGUCGCUAGCAAAGUAUACCAGCGUCCGCACUACAGCAACGAUAACGAUGUUCAGCGACCCAGAAUAUAUGGCGGACUGACGUAUCAUAAAAUCCACUAUUGCAUUCUUCAAAUCUGCCUGUCUCAAGCGGUUGGGAGUACGCUGGAAGCCCUCCGAGUGCUCGUCAAACCAAAAAAUGGCUCCUACAAGAAGGCUCUGCGCUGCGAGCUAUUGGAAGCUUGGGACAGCGCCAGUCUCAGGGGAGUACUGGUCAUCUCACCGUUGAAGUUUUUUUUUACCGAUGAGCAACAGAUCGAAGGUCCAUCCCUCAAAAACAUCUAUGGGCUGAAGAGUAUGCCGCUCGAUGGUGCAACAUCUGUUCGUGGCACACCAAGCAUGUCUGUCCUCUCGCUGGAAAUAUUUGUUUCGUGUGAGAAUAUCCCCGUUCCGGCCCGAGACCCGAUUGUUGCGGCGAGUAUCGCGUUUCGAGACGGAGAUGCAAGUGAUACCUUUUCGAAAGUCAUAUUUACUCGUGGUACACACCAGGCACCUUCCCUGGGGCGGCGCGAAGUUCAAGGUGUUUCCACUGAGCUGGAACUUAUCAACGCGAUAAUUGACACAAUUCUCGACCGCGAUCCUGACAUUCUGGUGGGAUGGGAAGUCCAAGACUCUUCUUGGGGGUAUCUUGAUGAACGCAGUCGUGUGUUGGAGCUCAGCUUGGUCUCCCUGAUUUCGCGAACCUUGAACCAAACUGAACGAUCUGGAAACAAUGACCAAUGGUCUUCGAGGCAAAAUUCGUCAUUCAAGGUUUCUGGACGUCAUGUAUUGAACCUCUGGCGUGUUAUGAGAUCAGAAAUCACGCUCAAUGCCUACACCUUCGAGAAUGUCGCGUUUCAUUGUCUUGGUAGACGUAUUCCCCACUUCAACCAACUCACAAUGAAACGCUGGCUCGGAGAUCCUUCACCAGAACGUAGAACCCGUGUCUACUCUCAACUAGCCCAACGUUGCGAGAUCAACCUCGAUAUCUUGGAGAAAACCGAAGUCGUAACGAAAACAGCCGAAUUUGCUCGAGUGUUUGGAGUGGAAUGGUUCUCUGUGCUCAGUCGUGGCUCUCAAUUCAAGGUGGAGAGUUUCAUGUUCCGAAUUGCGAAGCCGGAGAACUUUAUGCUUCUCUCUCCAAGCAAAGAUGAUGUUGGAAGACAGAAUGCAGCUGAGGCAAUGCCACUCAUUCUCGAGCCACAAUCAACGUUCUAUACCAACCCAGUGCUUGUCCUGGACUUCCAGUCAUUGUACCCAUCAAUCAUGAUUGCUGAGAAUUAUUGCUAUUCAACCUUUGUGGGUCGAAUCAAAGAAUUCCAGGGACGUCAAAAGUUUGGAGUUGACCCAGACCUCAAACUCAGUCCGGGUCUUGUCGAGUCAUUGUAUGACCAUAUAACUGUCAGCCCAACAGGAAUGAUGUUUGUGAAGCCCGAGGUUCGCAAGGGGCUUUUGGGCCGGAUGCUCACAGAACUCCUCGACACCCGCGUUAUGGUUAAACAUGCCAUGAAAGGGGCCGGGAGCGACAAAGCGCUAAAAAAAGUCCUUGACGCUCGUCAGCUUGGACUCAAGUACAUCGCUAACGUCACGUAUGGAUACACUAGUGCAACGUUCUCUGGACGCAUGCCAGCUGUUGAGAUAGCUGACAGCAUCGUACAAAGUGGACGGGAAACCCUAGAAAAGGCAAUUUCUGUGAUCAACUCGGAGCAGCGAUGGGGUGCGGAGGUGGUUUACGGCGACACGGACUCGGUCUUUGUUCAUCUCCCAGGCAAGACCAAAGACCAAGCAUUCCGCAUCGGAUAUGAGAUGUCAGAACGAAUUACUUCUAUGUGGGUUAGGCAAUUAUACGCGUUCGUUUCUGAAUAUCCAAUAGGAAUCCGGCUCCUGUCAAACUCAAGUUCGAAAAGGCAUGUUGCGAUCACCCGUUCUUCUCCCCACUUACUCUUUCCAAAGGUCUACCUUCCCAGUGUUCUGCUAGCGAAGAAACGUUAUGUUGGCUACCGAUAUGAUCAACCUGAUGAUGUGCAGCCGAUAUUUGAUGCUAAAGGUAUCGAGACGGUCCGCCGCGAUGGUGUUCCCGCACAGAAAAAAAUGACGGAAGCCGUCCUGCACAUGCUAUUUCGCACCCAAGAUUUGAGCAAAAUUAAAGAUUAUUGCGUCAGAUCAUGGCAAAGGAUUCUUGAGGGUAAAGUCACCAUCGAGGACUUUAUUUUUGCCAAAGAAGUUCGUUUGGGAGGCUACAGUGACAAAGCUCCUCCACCUCCUGGUGCAGUUGUUGCAGCCCGAGAAGCUUUGACAGGACGAGGAGAAACCCAAUACAAAGAACGUGUCCGAUAUGUGAUUUGUCAUGGACCAGGACGACUAGUCGACAGAGCUUAUACGCCCCAAGAGGUCAUCAACAAUAGGCAAGCCCAAAAUCUAAACCUCCGUCUGGAUGGCGAGUACUAUAUUUCCAGAGUAUUGAUACCGCCGCUGGAUAGGAUUCUGAGCUUAGCAGGCGCCGAUGUUCGGAAAUGGUACGAAGACAUGCCCAAAGCUUACGUCUACACGGAAGCUGCUAUGUCACCAACCAAGGCAAAACCCAGACCCGAUUAUACCAACCAGCUCAUCGACGAGAAUUUUUACCGGACUCAAUGUCUGGCAUGCGAGGCCCCGUCGGAUGAUGACAUAUGCGACGAGUGUUGGCAAAAUCCAGAGGUGGCUAUGCCACAGGUCCUGACCAAGAUACGGAGAGGUGAAGCUCGCCUAUUGGACAUUGCGCGGAUUUGCGCUUCCUGUUCAAGGACGCCGUUGGGAGAACCAAUUGAGUGCGACUCGUUGGACUGUUCGUGGUUUUACGCGAGAAAGAAAGCAGAAGCACGCCUAGAUUUUCUCGAGGCCAUACAGAAUGUCACUUUUGAAUAA